CCUAAGCCCAGUACUCCCAUCAUCGCAGUAAACAGUAAACCUCCCUCAGUUAGCCUUUCAACUUCAAGUUUGUUUUUGUGAGCUAGAUUUCACUAGCUCGUUAAUUCGAGCCCGUGUAAGCUGCGCAGCUCAGCAAUGAACUCUCUAACAUAUAUCUCACGUCAAUUCGAUGUAUUCGCAUUACCACGAACUCCCCCGUCGACCCCCGUAGACGAUAAGACCUCCAUUCUUCGUAGGGCCUCGUCCAUUCGCAGAGGAUCACAUUCUGGUACUUCCUUCAAGCGUACGAAUUCAUGGGCAAAUAAGUCGCUCCAGCAGCCUCAUGGCUCGGACUCACAGAACCCUCCAAGACCGAAGCGCUCAUAUUCCUCUCCUUCAGGCUUCUUACCCAUACCAAUUUUGAGGCCAUUUUCUCCUUCACCUCCAACAGAGGCUACCAUAAUACACUCCAAGUCCAGGUUCAGAGUAAGAAGCGCACUCAGGCGGCUGUUCCUUGUUCGAGCCUUUGUUCUCGUUUGGAACACCCUCUGCGCUACAUGGGCGCAGGUGACGCCAGGAGAGAUCGAAAGCAAGGAGAAAGAGGUUUUGGUCGACGAAAAGCCCCUGGGCGAGGCUACUGAUGUAUUAUUACCUGAAACACAACCGUCACCACCAUCAAUUCCGUCCCCAUCAUCCCCAGAUGUUCCAUCUCACGUCCUUCAAGUCAUCUUUGCCAAGCCAGAUAUCGCCACUUUACCCACACCGCCGCCUUCCCCAGGCCCUUCGCUUCCACCCUAUCCGCACUCGCCUAGAAUCCCUGCAACCACCGUAACAGAUACCGCAUCGAGAUCACCGACACCCAUUUUGACCACUACGCAUAAGACACCGUUCCAUUUACCAAAGACUCUUGUUCUUGAUCUCGAUGAAACUCUUAUACAUUCGACGUCCAAACCAAUUGGUCAUCUCUCUAGUAGCUCUGGGCUUCUCGGUUUCGGACGCAGGAAUAAGGGACACACAGUCGAAGUAGUCUUGGGUGGCCGGAGCACCCUUUAUCACGUAUACAAGAGACCGUUUGUUGACUACUUCCUUCGCAAGGUUUCUGCUUGGUACACACUCGUUGUCUUCACUGCUUCUAUGCAAGAGUAUGCCGACCCAGUCAUUGACUGGUUAGACGCUGGACGUGGCAUUCUUGCGCGCCGUUUAUUCCGAGAGUCUUGCACCCAACUUCCUAAUGGAUCCUAUAUCAAGGAUCUGUCCGUAGUAGAACAGGAUCUCGCUCGUGUCUGUCUGAUCGAUAACUCGCCGGUUAGUUACCGUGGCAAUGAAGCAAAUGGUAUACCCAUAGAGGGUUGGACACACGACCCACUUGACGAAGCCCUACUCGAUUUGUUGCCCAUCCUUGAUUCGCUGCGUUUCACGGGGGAUGUACGGAGGGUAUUAGGCAUUCGCGGGUUCUCAUAAUAUCUCUCUCUAACACCUUGGACCAUCCUCAACUGACUUUUUACCUCAUGGUUUCAAGUUCAACAUUGCCGCACCCCAUCAUUCUGCAUGUCACAAUUAGCAUUUUGCACGCACGUCUUGCUGCAUAUCGAGCUCAUAACUUAAUAAAGCAAGCUUUGUUACAUAACUUAAUAUACUGC